UAGGGCUUCUCGAUUCGCCAUUUUUACGCCGUCGAAAGUAAUCUGUUUAACACAGCAAACUAGGGUUUUGCCUGGUUCCACUCUUUGUAUCUAAUUAUAUCGGAGAAUUACUAAGCAAUUAGCAGAGGGAUGAAUAACAAUCUGACGCCGGAGGCGGCGGCUCAGCUGCAAGAGGGAAUUAGUUUGCUGCUUUCUCGGUGGGCUGCGUUUCAAAUGGCCGUCCAGAACGAGUGGGGCGGCCGUGACUCUGGCCAGAAACCCCAGCAACUCGCCGACAAUAUUUUUCAUCUCCUCACUCAAUCCAAAGAUCGAGUAUAUAUUGAUGAUGUGGAGCUUAUGCUCGACGAAUUCAUGGAUACUCUCAAUACUGUGAUCGAAGAUGGAAGCAUUGAGGAGGUAGCAGAAAAACUGAUGGUAAUGCAUGAAGAAUGUUCAGAAGGUAAUUUUGACUCAAUAAAGAAGUUGCGGGAAACGAGUAUUCCUAAUGUUUCUUAUGUCAGACAGGGAAGCAAUGACAGUGAAGACAGUGAAGACAAUAAUGAAGAUGAUACAUUAAGUAAAGAUAACUCGUCGGAAAUGGAAAUUGAUGCUCCAAAAAGUCAAUCAAGUCCCAGUCAAAAGGACUCGUUGCCCGAUCAGACGAGCCAGAGAGAAACACCUCCUCAAGUUGUAGAUGGAUGGACUGUAGUUCCGUCCAGGCGUAGUAAAGGUAAAAAGAAAUGAAGUGUUUUUAAUUGUAUAAGAGAGAACAAAAAUUGGAAGUGGUUGCAAUUUUGUCUUUGUUUUGCUGUAUGUAGAGAAGUCUUCUUCACUAUCAUUAUAAUUAAACCCAGGAAUUUUCAUUUUUAGCUUCUGCUUGUGGUUUUAUUAGUUCUUCGACAUAUUACAGACUCCCUGUAAUAAUAUCUUGAAUUUCAGGAUUCUUGUUUCUACUCAUUCUGUCUGUCUUUUGCUA